GUUCCUGGCCUCCAAGGAGCAGUUCCACGCCUACCUGCGGGCAGGGGGCCAGCCCAGCAGCGGGGACCAGGAGGAGAAGGAGGAGGAGGAUGGGGAAAGCCGGGAGGAUGCUGGAGUGGAGAAGGAGCCCACGGAGCGAAAGCGGGCCCGGGGGCAGAACAAGAGCAGGCCAUGUAUGAAACCCAACCACUACGAGCAGAGCAGGCUGUGCCCCUCGGUGACUCAGGGAUGUGCAGAGAAGUGUUACUUCGGUGCACGAUGCCGCUUCCUUCACGACGUUGGCGAGUACAUGGCCGUGAAGCCGGCCGACCUGGGGCACAGCUGUGUGCUCUUCGAAACCUUCGGCAAGUGCAUUUACGGCGUCACUUGCCGCUUUGCCCAGGCCCACCUAGGGGAUGGCUACCAGAACAUCGUCAACACGGACCUGGCCAAGCAGUGGGAGGGCAAGUCACUGGUGAGGAACAGCCUCUCCAAGGACCUCCAGCACCAGCUGCGCAAGAGGAAGUUUAGCUUCAAGAAGGCUGACGAGUACCUGCGUGGUCUGGCCAAGCCCCACGGCGAUGGUGGGAAGGGAUGCAAAGCCACAGGACCAGAUGUCUUACAGAGUCCUGGCCCCACAGGUGGUGAGGAUGCUUCCUCCAUCAAAACAGUGGGUCCAGUGACAGAUGAAGACGUUAUAAAGCUGCGGUCCUGUGAGAAGAAGAAGUUGGAAAUCCAAGGCAAGCUCUACUUGGCUCCGCUGACCACGUGUGGUAACCUCCCUUUCCGAAGGAUAUGCAAGCGCUUCGGGGCAGACGUCACCUGUGGCGAGAUGGCAGUGUGCACAAACUUGCUUCAGGGCCAGUCCUCCGAGUGGGCUCUCCUCAAACGGCAUCACACUGAAGAUGUUUUUGGGGUGCAGCUGGAGGGAGCGUUUCCAGACACGAUGACCAAAUGUGCAGAGCUCCUGAACCAGACAAUUGAAGUGGACUUUGUCGACAUCAAUGUUGGGUGUCCCAUUGAUCUGGUGUACAAGAAGGGAGGAGGCUGUGCCUUAAUGACUCGAUCCAACAAGUUUGAACAGAUCAUCCGAGGGAUGAAUUCGGUGCUGGACGUCCCACUGACUGUGAAGAUACGGACUGGGGUGCAAGAAAAGAUUAACCUGGCUCAUAAAAUAAUCCCCAAGAUCCGGGAAUGGGGAGCAUCCAUGGUCACGCUUCAUGGCCGAUCCAGGGAACAGCGCUACACGAGGGGUGCUGACUGGGACUACAUAGCAGAAUGUGCCAAGAUAGCAAGCCCCAUGCCUCUUUUUGGAAAUGGUGAUAUCUUGUCUUACGAAGAUGCUAAUCGAGCCAUGCAGAUGGGUGUUUCGGGAAUUAUGAUUGCAAGAGGGGCACUCAUCAAACCAUGGCUUUUCACUGAAAUCAAGGAACAGAGACACUGGGAUAUUUCCUCCAGUGAGAGAUUUGAUAUUCUCAAAGACUUCACCAGAUACGGCCUUGAGCACUGGGGGUCGGACACACAGGGAGUAGAGAAGACCAGGAAGUUCCUGCUGGAGUGGCUGUCAUUCCUGUGCAGGUAUAUUCCAGUUGGCUUAUUAGAACACCUACCUCAGAAAAUUAACGAGCGGCCGCCUUACUACAUGGGGAGAGACUAUCUGGAGACACUGAUGGCGAGCCAAAAUGUGGACGAUUGGAUUAAAAUAAGUGAGCUGCUGCUGGGACCUGUACCUACCACCUUCACCUUCCUGCCUAAACACAAGGCCAAUUCCUACAGGUAGGGCUGACGAAGCCC